CUGCCGCGGCCGCCACUGCCCUGAGCCCAGAUGGGGGAGUGAGAGGCCGCCGCUGGCCGGACAUGGGCCUCCCCACCGUGCCUGACCUGCUGCUGCCACUGGUGCUCCCAGCUCUGUUGGUGGGAAUACAGCCUUCAGGGGUUAUCGGACUGGUCCCUCACCUCAGGGACCGGGAGAAGAGAGACAGUCUGUGUCCCCAGGGAAAAUAUAGCCACCCUCAGAAUAAUUCCAUUUGCUGUACCAAGUGUCACAAAGGCACCUACUUGUACGAUGACUGUCCAAGCCCCGGAAGGGACACAGACUGCAGGGAGUGUGAACCCGGCUCCUUUACAGCCUCAGAGAACUACCUCAGACAAUGCCUCAGCUGCUCCAAGUGUCGCGAAGAAAUGGGCCAGGUGGAGAUUUCUCCCUGCACGGUGGACCGUGAUAUCGUGUGUGGCUGCAGGGAGGACCAGUACCGGCAUUACUGGGGUGAAAACCGCUUCCAGUGCGUCAACUGCAGCCUCUGCCUCAAUGGCCGGGUGAAUCACCCCUGUCAGGAGAGACUGGACACCGUGUGUACCUGCCAUGCAGGGUUCUUUCUGAGAGGAAAGGAGUGUGUCUCCUGCAGUGAUUGUAAGGAAAACUCAGAUUGUGUGAAGCUGUGCCUACCCCUCAUUGAGAAUAUUAAAGGCGCUCAGGACGCAGGCACCACAGUGCUGUUGCCCCUGGUGAUCUUCCUGGGUCUUUGCCUUUUGUCCCUUCUCUUCGUCGUUCUAAUAUGCCGCUAUCAGCGGUGGAAGCCCAAGCUCUACUCCAUCGUGUGUGGGAGAUCGGCACCUGAAAAAGAG